CCGCAUGGCCCUGCCGCCGGCCGCCCCGCGCUAGCGGCACCCGCACCCGGGAGGCGCCGGCCCGGCGGCGGGGCUGCCCGCGCCUCGGCCACGUCCGUCUGUCCAUCCGUCCGUCCGUCCAGCGCAGCGCCCGGCGCGCAGGAUCCCGCAGCGGGGUGCGGAGCGGCAGCGCUUGGCGAGGAUUAACCUGGCGCAGGUACGCGACAAGGCUCUUGAAUCUGUUCUACAAUGGAAAAACUGCUUUUGUUUCUGCUGUUCAUUGGCGUAGCGGUGCGAGCUCAGAUCUGCCCCAAGCGCUGCGUCUGUCAGAUCUUGUCUCCCAACCUCGCCACCCUGUGUGCCAAGAAAGGGCUCUUGUUUGUUCCUCCCAACAUUGACAGGAGGACCGUGGAGCUGCGGCUGGCAGACAACUUUGUUACAAACAUUAAAAGGAAAGACUUUGCCAACAUGACCAGCCUGGUGGACCUGACGCUGUCCCGGAAUACAAUCAGUUUUAUCACACCUCACGCGUUUGCCGACCUGCGCAAUUUGCGGGCUCUGCAUUUGAACAGCAACCGAUUGACUAAGAUCACUAAUGACAUGUUCAGUGGGCUCUCCAAUCUCCACCACUUGAUACUGAACAACAACCAGCUGACUUUAAUUUCUUCCACAGCUUUUGACGAUGUUUUAGCUCUCGAGGAAUUGGAUUUGUCUUACAACAAUCUGGAAACCAUCCCUUGGGAUGCCGUGGAGAAAAUGGUCAGUUUGCACACUCUCAGUCUUGACCACAACAUGAUUGACCAUAUUCCUAAGGGGACCUUCUCCCACCUGCACAAGAUGACCAGGCUGGACGUCACGUCCAACAAACUGCAGAAGCUGCCGCCUGACCCGCUCUUCCAGCGCGCUCAGGUGCUGGCAACCUCAGGAAUUAUCAGCCCCUCGACGUUCGCGCUGAGCUUUGGUGGGAACCCCUUGCAUUGCAACUGUGAGCUCUUGUGGCUGAGGCGCCUUUCCAGGGAGGACGACCUGGAGACCUGUGCCUCUCCCACGCUGCUGUCGGGCCGGUACUUCUGGUCCAUCCCCGAGGAGGAGUUCCUGUGCGAGCCGCCGCUCAUCACGCGGCACACGCACGAGCUGCGCGUGCUGGAGGGGCAGCGCGCUGCCCUGCGCUGCAAGGCCCGCGGCGACCCCGAGCCGGCCAUCCACUGGAUCUCGCCCGAGGGCAAGCUGAUCUCCAACGCCACCAGGUCCACGGUGUACGACAACGGCACGCUCGACAUCCUCAUCACCACGGUGAAGGACACGGGCUCCUUCACCUGCAUCGCCUCCAACCCCGCGGGGGAGGCCACGCAGACCGUGGACCUGCACAUCAUCAAACUGCCCCACCUGCUCAACAGCACAAACCACAUCCACGAGCCUGACCCGGGCUCCUCGGAUAUCUCCACAUCCACCAAGUCGGGCUCCAACGCCAGCAGUAGCAACGGGGAUACUAAAGUCAGCCAGGAUAAGAAGGUGGUUGUCGCAGAAGCGACGUCCUCCACAGCUCUGCUGAAAUUCAAUUUCCAGAGGAAUAUACCUGGGAUCCGUAUGUUCCAAAUCCAGUACAAUGGUACUUACGAUGACUCCCUUGUUUACAGAAUGAUACCUCCCACGAGCAAAACCUUUCUGGUCAACAACCUGGCCGCGGGGACGAUGUACGACCUGUGUGUGCUGGCCAUCUAUGACGACGGGAUCACCUCGCUGACGGCCACCAGGGUGGUGGGCUGCACGCAGUUCACCACCGAGCAGGAUUACGUGCGCUGCCACUUCAUGCAGUCCCAGUUCCUGGGCGGGACCAUGAUCAUCAUCAUCGGUGGGAUCAUUGUGGCGUCCGUGCUCGUGUUCAUCAUCAUCCUCAUGAUCCGCUACAAGGUGUGUAACAACAAUGGGCAGCAGAAGGCCACCAAGGUCAGCAACGUGUACUCGCAGACCAACGGGGCUCAGAUCCAGGGCUGCGGCGGGGCGCUGUCGCAGUCCAUGUCCAAGCAGGCUCUCGGGCACGAGGAGGGCGUCCAGUGCUGCAAGGCCGCGGCCGACGGCGCCGCGCAGUCGCCGGACGCCGGCUCCGGCCAGGACUCGGCCACCACUACCUCGGCUUUGCCUCCCGCCUGGACUUCCAGCUCUCCCCUGGCGCAGAAGCAGAAGCGCAAGUCGGCGCCCAAGGCCGGCAGCGAGGCGCAGGGCGAGGCGGGCGGCGGCGCCGAGCCCCAGAACUCCAACAGGAACAACUCCACGGCCCUGGCGCUGGCCGGGCGCGGCCCCGAGGCGGCCCCCACGUACAAAAGAGCACAAUCCAAGCCAAGUAAGUUCCUGACGCUGCCGGCCGAGGCCAGCCGCGCCAAGCGGCGGCGCUCGCUGGGCGGAGAGCUGCUGGAGCCCCGCGGCCCCGCCGGCCUGCGCUCCAAGCGCAGCAUGUCCAUGAACGGGAUGCUGCUCCAGGCAGACUGCGCCCAGGGCGGAACGGCACCUUUCUCCAGUUCUGAGUGGAUAUUGGAAAGCACUGUGUGACCUGCUUUUUUUUUCUUUUUUCUUUUUUUUUUUUUUUUUUUAAAGUUUUAUUUUAACUAAAACCACCAAACGUUGUGUGAAACUCCCUUUCCCAGGGAAUUGGAUUUGGAUGUCCACUGCUGUCUCGCUGAUUAAUGGCUUGUUCAUGCGGGGUUCUGUAUAAGCCACCCAGUGCACACGGGGGUUUAUUUAGUUUUCGUUUGGUUUUAUUUAAUAUCAAAACCGAAGGCAACAUUCAGAGAUUAAAAAAAAAAAAAAAAGGAAAAAAAGAUUAAGGGGCGAAAAAAAGCACGAAACAGCACCAGUGCCUUCCCUGCUCUAGGACUGGCUUCCUGGUUCUGCGGUAGCAGAAAACAAAAGAGAGAGUUUUCACAGAAAAAGCCUUUUAUAAAGGAAAUGCAAUUUCCUCCAAGCUAACAAAUAACCACUUCUGGAUCAAUCAGUAAAAUGAUAUUUUUUAAACCGGUCAGACUGUACAUUUCUUUUCCGUGACAAUGGUGUUGCCUUUGUUUUUAGGCAGAUGCUGUACAGGAGCAACAACGCUGUGUUGUUAUGUUGUGUAAAAUAAAAUAUUCACUCGGUACGCCAGCCAGCCUCGGGUUACUGCCCUGCCUGCCCGGGCUGGGCCUCGGUGCUGCUGCAGAGCUCCUGCCAUGGGGCACCAGGAGCACCAGGAGGCAGCAGGGCACGGGGCCAUUCCCCUGUGCUGGCUCUGGCUGGCUGGGGCUGGGCUGGGGAGCACUGGGAGCCUGCAGCGGCUCUCCCUGAGAGGCGCCUGAGCUGGGAUCCUUCCUGAGAGAUGCCUGAGCUGGGAUCCCACACUGGCUCUCCCCAAGAGGUGCCUGAGCCGGGAUCCCACAGCCUGAGCUGGGAGCCAACACUGGCUGUCCCCAAGAGGUGCCUGCCCCACGUCCCAGGGCACCCAGACCUGGUGCAGGCAGUGCCCUGACCUGCAGCCCUGGGCAGGGAGCGGGGCUGGGGCACCUUGGGGUGCUGGGCACAGCUGAGCAGGGCUGUGAGCAGGGACAGCAGGCGGGCAGGCAGGUGGGCAGGCAGGUGGGCAGGCAGGUGAGCAAGCAGUGGGCAGGUGGGCAAUCAGGUGGGCAGGCAGGUGGGCAGGUGGGCAAGCAGUGGGCAGACAGGUGGGUAGGCAGGUCACCAGGUAGGUGGGCAAUCAGGUGAGCAGGUGGGCAGGCAGGUGGCUAGAUGGGCAAACAGGUGAGCAGACAGAUGGGCAGGCAGGCAGGCAGGUGGGCAGGCAGGUGGACAAUCAGGUGGGCAGGUGGGCAGGCAGGUUGGCAGGCAGAUGGACAGGUAUCUGGCAGGUGGGCAGGCAUGUUGGCAGAUAGGCAAUCAGGUGAGUAGGCAGGUGUCUAGGCAGGUGGGCAGGCAGGUUGGCAGGCAGAUGGACAGGUAUCCGGCAGGUGGGCAGGCAGGUGAGCAGGCAGGGCUGCAGCCAGCAGGGUUGUGGCCAUUCAGCACCUCAGCUGGUUGGAUGAUGAUGGCCAUCUCCUGCUGUCCUAUGUCCUGGGCCACAUUUCCUCAGAACUUUAUGGUUUGGUCCAGUUCUCCUCAGUCCCUGAGUGCACUGAGGGCCUGGAAGAUGAUGGUCUCACCUUUGAGCUGCUCCUAAUUGCUGUGCCUGUGGGCUGGAGUGAUUCUGGGCCACUCUGCAGGGACAGAACCCACAGCAGCAGGGGACAGCAGGUGCAGAUUUCGUUGUGUGGAUGGCAGCUGCUCUGCUCUCUGUAAAGGGAAGCCUGCAGUUAAUAUUAAUUAAACUCAUAUGGUCAUCAUAUUCAAAUUAGAGACAGCUUAACUCUGAAUAUUUGAGCACUGUGCAUUCUCAGAUGCCAAAUAACAGGUUCAUGAUGGGCUUUGUAGCCAUAAAAGAGUGAGAACAGUUAAAUUUUAUACCCUGUGCUUGUUCUUGCAGCACAGCAACUCAGGCAGGUGCCUGAGGCCAGCCUGGCCCCAGCCAGCCCCAGGGCAGUUUGGGGGCACAUCUCAGAGUGGGGCACAGCCCCUGGCACCCAUCUGUGUCCCUGGGGCUCUGCAGUGAUGCUCCUGGCCACUGUGGGCUGCUCUGGGUGAUUUUAUUGCCUGUCACGGAAGAACAAACUCAAUGAGGGUGGUGUAAAGGACCUAAAAGGAAGAGGCUGCUUCUUUUUUAGGAACCCUUUUUGCUUCCCUCAGGAAAUGCAGAGACCAAAUAGGAAACAAAGCCUCAAAAUGAGCAAAGCAGCUUCCUGCUGGAAAAGUUUAAAAAAAUGCAAUAAAUCCUUCCUUGGGUUGCUCUGGCAGCCCAUGAGCGCUGCACGAACAGAAGGGAACUAUUAAAUAACAUGCUGUGGGGGACAGGGGUGCCUGUCCAGGGCCUGGCACUCUGAUGCCAAGGGCUUUGCCCAGUGUGGGUGAAAUGUGAAGGUCUGAGUCCCAGUGAGGGGCUGUGCUGGCAGAGGCAUCUUAUCCUCAUUCUGGGGUACAGGAGGGUGUCACAGGUUUGCUGUGGACUGGCUGGGUUUGAUCAUGCAUUUUAAAAACACCCAAUGAAAAUGCUUUUCUGUGUUGUCUAAAACUGGACCUAAAUUUGUGUGAUGUUUUGUCAAACUGCUAAAAUACUAAUGGUGUCUUGUGGUUUAAGGAGGUUUAUUUUUAUAUAUUUGUAAUUUUUCACUCAGAGGAAUAAUUUUCUAAGCACUGCAGCUGAUGUUCUGUCCAUGAUGCCUCUGUGUCAAGCAGUGUGCAGGGACCUCAUGGCCCUGUGUUUGGUUCCUUUCUGCUGGCAUGCAGGAAAGGGGAUCUGGGCAGCCAGGGGCUCCUCCCGUGCCAGCUUCUCUCCUGGCUGACAGGAUCAUUCAUCCCUUGGGAGUGCCCUGGGCAUGGAAUCAGCUGUUCCCACUGGAAUAACUGUGCAGAGGGACAUUGGGUUUAUUCAGGCUCAAUUCAAAGUGUGGGAAGCCUCAUGGAGGAGGGAAUUCUCUGUCCUUUCUGUUCUGCAAGAACCAUUGCCAACCGUGAGGCAGAGAGUGCUGAGAUGCCCCUGGGUCAGAAUAACUCCAGGUUAUUUCCCCCAGGCUGCAAUAACUGCUCAGCACAGGUGAUGGGAUGGGGAUGUGCUGUGACCCAGCAUCACCCCAGCCAUGGAGGGCUGGGCAGGGGCUGAGCCCAGGGUGCCCCCCUGCCCUGGGGCAUGGCCUGCCCAGCUGGGCUCUGUGUGCUGCUGCUCAGGUAUAGAUUAUCUGCAUUUUAGCCAUGACAGGGUCUCUGUUCACAGGCCCUGGUGAGGAGAAACUGCUGCAAGAAGUUCUGAGCUCUGUCUGCAGUGGCUGGAGCACAGUGUGUGCCCAGGGCCUCUCUGGAGGUGGGCUCUGCUGGGGCUGUGCUGGGCUGGGCUCUGGGAGUGCCCCAGACCAUCACCGGGUGCUCCUGGCUCUAGGGACCAGGACAGCCCUGCUGGCAUUGCUCUGGGAGUGCCCCAGACCAGCAGAGUGGCACGGAGCUGUGGUCCGUGGGCAGGCCUGGGCAGCUGUGUGUGCCCUCCAAGAGGGGCAGGAGGGCCCUUGUGCCAUGGCAGAGUGUGCCCACCCCAUGAUGGGCACCAGCACAGAGGGGGGCAUGCUGCUGCCUUGGGAGUGGCUUCAAACCAGGGAUAAAGGCUGCAGCUGGCACCAGGGUCACCUCUCUGCCCGUCAGCCAUAAGGGCAGAGCCUGAGCCACACUGGAGCUUUGGGGCACUGGAGCCUGAGCAGUGCCACUCACACGUGGGCACAGCUGGCAGCCCUGUGGUCACUGAGGAGCAUUCCCCUCCCUGCUCCUGGGGCUGCUGCCCCACAGGGGCACCAUCACUGCCCAAAAGCUGCUGCUGCCCCUCAGGGGCACCGUCACUGCCCAAAAGCUGCUGCUGCCCCUCAGGGGCACCGUCACUGCCCAAAAGCUGCUGCUGCCCCUUGGGGGCACCAUCACUGCCCAAAAGCUGCACCAGCAGCCAUCCCCACUUGCAUAGUGCCUUCUCCUGGCAGUGAUGCUAAUGUUGGUCAGAGUUCUGGUUUAACAGCACCAAACUGGCCAGUCUGUAGGGUCCUGCUCCCCAGUAACGUGGUUCUGCUGUUCCCCUUUGCAAAUGUGUCCCUGUGUGCCUGGCUGUGUGCUGGGUACUGGCGCACAGCCUGGGCUGCCCACUCAUGCUCUCCUGGAUUGCUGCGUCACCCCAGGUGGCUCCAGAGCUGCACUUUAGCAGAGUCUGGGUCAGGAAUGUGAGGGCUGAGCCCAGUGUGCUGGGCCUGGCUUGGUGCAGGCUGGUUUUGCUCCUGCAGUGUCAGGCUGCUGCUCUGGUGCUGUGUGCAAGCUGUGCCACCUCCUCUGCAGGGAAAUUCCCCUGGGAGAGAGGAAAUCCAGCCAGGCUGGAGCCCAGCCCCUCAAUGGGCACACAGGGACCCCACCUGGCCUGUGCUCAGUCUGUGCUGUGGGGGCUUGUUGUCUUAUGUAUCACAACAGUUACAUCAUCAUUAUAUGGUGUCUUAUACAUCAAGAGUUCUAUUACAUUAUGGUGCAAGGGUUCCAUACCCUCAGAGUCUCAUAUCUCCUCAAUGUUUGUCACAGGCAGCUCCUCUGAGCACUGACUGUUCCUGGUCCUUGCAGCAGCCAUCUGACUCCAAUUCCCACCAAUCCAGUCUUUUAUACCACUGUUCUUAUUGGCUAUGGGUGCUGCUUGUUAUCAUCCAACCUGCUCCCAAUCAUUAGUAGUAGGGUCCAGCUGCAGCUCGUUGGGGGAAAAGAUCACAUUCUGCAUUGUCCAUACUGUGUCCCCUACAGGGGCUGUGACCCAUAGCACCCACAGAGGAGAUAAGAUCACAUUCUACACUGCCCAUACUGUGUCCCCUACAGGGGCUGUGACCCACAGCACCCACAGAGGAGUUUGGGUGGUGCCUGGUUGGUGUUGGCACAUGGCAGUGGCACACCUGCCAUCCCCCAGGUAAGUGGGGCUGUGCUGGGUGCCAGGAGGUGGCACAGCUGUCCCACGGGCUGUCCCUGUGCCCUGAGCAGGACAGUGACACGUGGCACACCCUGGUUGCAGUGACCUCAGGAAGGUGGUGCUGUGUCCGUACCCCCUUUGCUCUGCCCUGGUGUCCCCAGCUCUGUGUGACCCCCUGGCAGUGUGCAGAGCUGGGGUCCCUGCCCUGGGCAAAGGCUUGGCCUGUGCAAGGGCAGCAGCAAAUCUAGAAAGUGGAGAACUCUCUGGUUCUGGAACAAUGAGCUUUGCUGGUUCUGCUGGGGGUUCUGGGUGUUAUCUUGUGGGAUUUUCCCUGAAACAGCAGCAGCAGUGCUGUGCUGCACCCCCUGAUGGUGACACAACUUGUGGCAGAGGUGUGGGUGGGGACAUUGGGUGCUGUUAGCCCUGUCUUCUGUCAGUCCAGUCUCCUGCUAUCCCAGUCCCCUGUUAUCCCUGUCUCCUGUUAGCCCUGUCUCCUCUUAUCCCAGCCUUCUGUUAUCCCAGUCUCAACCCAGUCCCCUGUUAUCCCAGUCCGGUUAGCCCAGUCCCCUGUUAUCCCAGUCCCGUUAGCCCAGUCCCCUGUUAUCCCAGUCUCCUGUUAUCCCAGUCUCCUGUUAUCCCUGUCUCAGCCCUGUCCCCUGCCAUGCUGUGCUGCCCAGCCCCUGCAGGGCACAUGGCACCAAGUCAGGGGGUGCCAGGGCUGAGGGCAGGGUUUGCUGCUGCUUCCUGCCCAGAAUGGCUCUGUGGCAGCUCCUGGUGGGUGCUGUGCCCAUGCUGGCCCCAGGGCAGCUCCUGGUGGGUGCUGUGCCCAUGCUGGCCCCUGGCAGCUCCUGCUGAGGUCCCACAUCAGUGUCACCUGGGCCAUGGCAGGGCAGGUGCUGCUCGCCGUGCCCUCACUGUGUGUGUUGUGUCUCUGUGUGCAGAGGCCAGGGCACCAUGCAGGGUGCUGCUGCUCACCAUACCCUCACUGUGUGUGUUCUCUCUGUGCAGAAGCCGGGGCCCCUCUGCAGGACAGCAGCCCCAGUGCCCUCCCUGAACACGCUGCCACAGACGCUGCUCCUCGGCAGAAGUCGCUCCGGUUCAGCCUCUCCCAGGACUGACCUCUGGCUCUCCCUCCGGAACCUUUACUUGAAGCUGCAGCCCAGGCCCCCCAGGCCGGCUGCCUCGAGGAACUGUCUUCCCCUCACAGGAUUCCCAUCUGCCACUCCAAGUCUAAAAUUCCUGUUUUUUCUGGUGUCCAGGUUUUUUAUAACUGAAAAUGACGACGAAGAAUCUGGUGGCAGCAGCUGGUCCCAGUCAUGUUUCAUGUCACCAGUGGUGAGCUCACGAGCUGUAAACAUGGUAGCUUCAAUCACCUGAACAAAUAAAUGUUUUACUACAACGGCA